AUGAGCCGAAUAUUGUUGCUAGUCGCUGUAUCGAUCGUUAUGUCAUCACAGAAGGAGGUUGUCAUCAAAAAUGAAAAGUGUAGAACUUGUAACUUCUUAGUGAGCACUUUUGACGAGGGCUUGAAAAAAACUGCACGACAUCAUUUUGCUGGAGGCGACACUGCUUGGGAGGAGAAAAACCUUGGAAAGUACAAAACAAGCGAAACACGACUCAUCGAAGUUCUAGAAGGCGUUUGCAAAAAGUCUUCACUUCCGAAUAUAGACAAAUUUACUGGAAUUAGCGAGCUGGAAUUCAAGUGCGCCUCCCAACUCGAAAAACACGAAGAAACAAUCGAAGAAUAUUAUUACAAUCAGCAGCAGAAUAAUAUGUCAAUUUGGCUAUGUGUCGAACAACUAAAAUUGUGUUGCCCUGGUGGUCAUUUUGGAAAAAACUGCGAAGAGUGCCCUGGAUUGAAAGAAGGAGCUGACGCUUGUUUCGGCAAAGGAGCAUGUCAUGGAGAUGGAAGUCGUGACGGCAGUGGAAAGUGUAAAUGCGAAGCUGGUUAUACUGGAAACCUCUGCAGACACUGCGACAACGAGUACUUCGAAGAAUCGAAAACGGAAAAAGGAGUCGUCUGCAAACAAUGCCACGAAGGAUGUCUGGGAAUUUGUUCAUCAGAAGGAUCCAAAGGUUGCUCAAAGUGUAAAAAUGGUUGGGCAAUGAUAGAAGGAGAAGGUUGCCAAGACGUCAACGAAUGUUCGAACCAUUCUGCAUGUACCAAAGAUCAUGAAGUAUGUGUCAAUACAAUUGGAUCAUACCAAUGUGACUGUGAAGAAGGAUACAAGAAAGAUGACGAAGGAAAAUGCCAACUCGAUGUAGAAGCACAUCCCGAUCGUCCGUUCAUGCCAAUUGCUCAGCAACUCAAAAUCAUCUCCUUCUCUUCCCUCAUCAUCAUCAUCACCUUCGUUGUUUGGCACGGCUCUCCUGUUCUUUACGUUUUAACUGGAAUCGCAAUUGUGGCUCUAAUUUUAGUUGAUCUAUAUGUUAACCCUGACACGAUUCCCGAUGAAGCAAAACGAUUUUUAGGACUUUACUGA